AUGCCCAUUCCACCGCAGACCUACCCGCCGUGGUCGGCGUUUGGGGACGUAGUGCCACUGAAUACGCUCCCAGAUGAUGUACCCGAUGGAGAAGCACCGUGGCAACAUGCAAAAGAGCUGACCGACUUUAAAUCGCAGUGCUCGCCGCUUUUGUUCGGCGGUGGCGCUUUUGGCGCGGGGAUGUACAAUGCAGAUACCGUUUUGCACAGCGAUGCGUGCAUCCGUGCAUUGCGAUUAGCAUUUCGCUACGGCAUCAAUGCACUCGAUACUUCUCCGUACUACUAUCCUUCCGAACUGGUCCUGGGCCGCGCGCUGCGGACGCUCGCGCCGGAAUUUCCCCGCGCAUCCUACUUCCUUAUCACGAAAUGCGGCCGCUACGGCCCAGCGCGGAGCGCAUUUGACUAUACACCGGAACGGAUUAGCCAAUCGGUGCACGAUAGUAUGGAGCGGCUCGGAACGACGUACUUGGACGCCGCCCUGCUCCACGAUGCCGAGUUUGUCUCGGACCAGCCACGGGCGACGCUUGACCCUGACGGUGCUUUGCUCGCCGCGAAUGCUGUUGGGAUUGCGUGCGACCAGCAUGGUGCUCUUACCCAGGGUGAGGCACGCGUGGUUCUCGGCACCACACCAGCAGAUGCGCCCGUCCUGCGUGGUGACGGCGAUCGGAGAGUCCUCGACGCGGCACACGCAUUGUUUGCACUCAAGGACCGCGGCGUAAUUAAAAAUGUGGGAAUGAGCGGAUAUCCCGUCGCUGAGCUUGUCCGUAUUUCGCGGUUUAUCGCGUGUAACGCACCAUUCCGUCCGUUGGAUAUCGUGUUGAACUACAGCAACCAUACCUUGCACUCCGACUUGCUCCCGCAAUGGCAGGACAUGUUUGCAGUGUGCCCGUGGCCCGGAGGCGUAUGCCCCGAUGGCAGCGGUAGGGUAUGGGAGGCGCCGAUGCUGCUGAAUGCUUCGCCGUUUUCCAUGGGUCUGUUUUCCGAUCGUGGGGCGCCGCCUUGGCAUCCCGCGUCGCCAGCGCUACAGGAGACAGUUCAACAGGUGCACGCAAGGUUGGCGAGGCUUGCCGCAGAAGCUAAGCGCGUGUCUGUGCCCAAGGAGAACGUGUUGGGCCGUACGGCACUUUUGCAUGGUAUUCGAGGUACGGAAAAGCUGGAGCUUCGUACCUUGCUUGGGAUGAGCAAUGUCGAGGAGGUGCACGCAGCAAUUGCCAUCUAUCGCGUCCUUGUGUCUGCGUGCGGCAGUGCAGAGGCACGCGCGAAGCUGGAUCCAAAGCAGAUUGCAGCGCUACAUGCGACGUACGAACAGCUUGCAGAGUACGGAGCGAUUGCGCAGGCAGCGAUGAAGGAAGCGCACGUGUACGAUGCUGCAUGGGCGCAGCCUCCACCCGAUGCAUAA